AUGCGUCGGGAAGAAGAGGCGGAGGCCCGCGCAGAGCGGGACUCGCCCAGGGAGUUGCGCACACGAGCGAGCGGCCCUGAGGCCGGGACGGACACCAAAGGGCAGCCCGGCGUUGCCAUGCGGGCUGGCGGCGGCCCCGCCGGGGGCGCCCUGGGCCGGCCGCCGCCUCGCGCCGGCGCCCCUUCUCGGCCGCGCGCGGAGCGCGGCCACGGUGACGAUGAAGACGCCGGAGUUCGGCGCGGAGAGCAUCACGGAGGGCACCCUGAUGGAGUGGCAGAAGAGUGUGGGCGAUUUCUGUGCCAAGGGCGACAUUAUCGCAGUCAUUGAGACUGACAAGGUCAGUGUGGAGUUGAAGGCCGAGGAGAAUGGCGUCCUGAAGGAGAUCCUCGCGCAGGCCGACAGCACGGUCGAGGUGGGCCAGGACCUCUGCGUCCUCGAGCCGGGCGGCUCGCCCCCCAGCGGCGGCGCCGCGCCCGCCGCGGCGC